AAUAGCCGAAACCCCCUCCCUCUUCUCCCUUCCUCCAUUCCUCUCUCUCUCUCUCUCUCUCUCUCUCGUUCUCCAUGCCACCAUUCCUCUGCUACUCUCCUCCCAAGAUCUCAUCUUUCUACCGCUAAAGACGGAUUCUUGAUUAUUUGAAACACUAGAGAACAAUUUCAAUGGAUGAAGACCCGGCAUCGUCCCCCUCUGCCGAGGAGGACGGCCAUUUUGAGGCUGUGGAUCUCGCCCCCGCUUCCACCUCCUCCCGCACAUCCCUCUCCGAUGAUCCUGGUCGCUCCUCCGGUGCCGUCUCUGAGUCUGUCUCUGAUCCUCUUGAUCGUGGGAGCUCGUCUUCUGAUCGGGUGAUAAAGCCGUCGUUGUCCUUUGAGAGUUUUGAUUCUUCUACGUCUCCAGUUGCGCCGUUGACGCGGUCCAAGACGAAGCCCGCGAUGCCGGAGAUUCCGCAGGAGCUUGUGCGUAUUGUUGAUUCUGCCAUUAUGGGACGGCCGGAGGGUUUGGAGAAGUUGAGAUCUAUGGUGUCUGAUGGUGGGGGUGGGGAUCUGGGGGAUGUGCCGAGAUUGGUUGUGGAUGCGUUGCUAAAUACGAUGGGUGGAGUGGAGGGUUUGGAUGAUGGUGAUUGGAAUGAUGGGGGUGGCGGGAAUCCUCCGAGUGUCAUGCUGAAUUCAAGGGCGGCAGUGGUGGCAGCUGAGUUGAUCCCUUGGUUAGCUUGGGAGGGGGAUUCAGAGCAUCAGAUGUCGCCGAGGACUAGAAUGGUGAAGGGGUUGCUUUUGAUCUUGCAGGCUUGUACAAGAAAUCGGGCUAUGUGUUCAACUUCUGGAUUGCUCAGGGUGCUUCUUGAAGCUGCAGAGAAGCUGUUUGUUGAUGUGAAUGAUGGAGUUUUAUGGGAUGGUUCAUUGUUGUGUCAAUGCAUUCAGGUCUUGGCAGGGCAUUCUGUUAGUGUGGUUGAUUUGCAUCAGUGGCUUAGUUUGAUAAAGAAGACCUUGACAACUAAAUGGGGUAUGAAGCUGAUGCUGGCUUUGGAGAAGGCUAUGAGUGGUAAAGAAGCUCGAGGCCCUGCUCGUACUUUUGAGUUUGAUGGUGAGAGUUCUGGCUUGCUUGGUCCAGGGGAUAGCCGGUGGCCAUUCACUAAUGGAUAUUCAUUUGCCACGUGGAUUUACAUUGAAUCAUUUGCUGACACAUUGAACACUGCAACUGCAGCAGCUGCCAUUGCUGCUGCGGCAGCUGCCCAGUCAGGCAAAUCAUCUCCUAUGUCAGCAGCAGCUGCAGCUAGUGCACUUGCAGGUGAAGGAACUACACACAUGCCAAGGCUCUUUAGCUUCUUGUCUUCUGAUAACAAUGGUAUCGAGGCCUACUUCCAUGGUCAGUUCCUGGUUGUGGAGACAGGUGGUGGUAAGGGAAAAAAGGCUUCUUUACAUUUCACAUAUUCAUUCAAGCCUCAGCGAUGGUACUUUAUUGGUUUAGAACAUUACUGCAAGCAUGGCCUGCUUGGGAAGGCAGAGAGUGAGUUGAAGUUGUAUGUAGAUGGGAGCUUAUAUGAGAGUCGUCCAUUUGAGUUCCCACGGAUAUCAAAGCCCUUGGCAUUUUGCUGCAUAGGCACUAACCCACCUCCAACGAUGGCAGGUUUGCAACGGCGACGACGACAGUGUCCCUUGUUUGCUGAGAUGGGCCCUGUUUAUAUUUUUAAGGAACCUAUUGGGACAGAAAGGAUAUUUCGACUGGCUGCUAGAGGAGGAGAUGCGCUACCUUCUUUUGGUCAUGGUGCUGGUUUACCAUGGUUGGGAAGUAAUGAGCAUGUCAGAAAUCUGGCAGAAGAGAGCUGGAGAUUGGAUAGUGAAAUUGCAGGCAACUUGCACCUCCUAUAUCACCCUAGUCUUCUCAGUGGCCGUUUCUGUCCCGAUGCUUCACCUUCGGGUGCUGCAGGUCUACAUAGAAGGCCAGCUGAGGUCCUUGGACUGGUUCAUGUUGCUUCUAGGUUGCGUCCUGCAGAAGCUUUAUGGGCUUUGGCUUAUGGAGGUCCAAUGGUUUUACUUCCACUUACAAUAAACAAUGUGCAGGCAGAUAACCUUGAACCAUCAAUUGGUGAUUUUCCCCUGUCACUUGCCACUGCUUCACUUGCUGCUCCUAUUUUCAGAGUUCUCUCCUUGGCUAUGGAGCAUCCUGGUAAUAAUGAGGAACUGUGUCGGACUCGUGCACCUGAGCUUUUGUCUAGUAUCCUGAGAUACAUUUUGCAAUCUCUAUCAACAUUGGAGGUUGGAAAGGAGAAUGGAAUAAGUGAUGAGGAGCUUGUUGCUGCAAUUAUUUCUCUUUGUCAAUCUCAGAAGAAUAAUCAUGUGCUUAAAGUACAACUGUUUAGUACUUUGCUGUUGGAUUUGAAGAUGUGGAGUUUGUGCAAAUACGGCUUACAAAAAAAGCUAUUAUCUUCGCUUGCAGACAUGGUCUUCACUGAGUCAUUGGCAAUGCGUGAUGCUAAUGCCCUGCAAAUGCUUCUCGAUGGUUGCAGAAGAUGCUAUUGGAUUGUUCAUGAACCUGAUUCAGUUGAUACUUUUUCACUCCGUGAAGCACCUAGGCCUAUGGGUGAAGUCAAUGCUUUGGUUGAUGAGCUGUUAGUGAUCAUCGAACUGUUAAUCGGUGCUGCAACACCCUCAUUGGCUGCUGAUGAUGUUCGCUGUUUGAUAGGUUUCUUAGUUGAUUGUCCACAGCCAAAUCAGGUUGCGAGGGUGCUGCAUCUGAUCUAUCGUUUAGUGGUUCAACCUAACACAUCUAGGGCUCAACAAUUUGCACAAGCAUUCAUUUCUUGUGGAGGUAUUGAGACUCUGCUUGUUCUUCUGCAAAGAGAAGCUAAAACCGGUGAUCAUAACAUAUUUGAUAACUCCAAUUUUAGAGGCUCCAACAAGGAAAAUGUAUCCAACAAGAUUCCUGAACUGGAAAUUUCUACCGAGAAGACAGAAAAGCAACAUUCCCCUGUAGAUUCCCCUGAAAUUAAAGAUCCUGCUUCUAAUGAAGAAGGCCUUCAAUGUGAGUCUUCUGAUUCUGAUAAAAAUCCUAUUGACGAUUCCUUGACUCCGAAAAUCGAAAGCAUGCCAUCAGCUUCUGAGCAUCAGCUUCUAAAGAACUUGGGAGGCAUAAGCUUUUCAAUAAGUGCUGAAAGCGCUAGAAAUAAUGUGUAUAAUAUUGACAAUGGUGAUGGCAUAGUUGUUGGCAUAAUCAACCUUUUGGGUGCUUUGGUCAUGUCUGGCCAUCUUAAGUUCAGCUUAAGUUCUGUUUCUCCUAGUGUGCCAAGUAGCACCCUUGGAGCACUGCCUGAGGAAGGAAACACCAUGUUUGAUGACAAGGUUUCUCUAUUACUUUUUGCUCUACAGAGGGCUUUUCAAGCAGCCCCACAAAGGCUUUUGACAAGCAAUGUCUAUAUGGCUUUGUUGAGUGCAGUGAUCAAUGUUUCUUCGAAUGAUGAUGGUCUAAAUCUAUAUGACUCUGGUCAUCGCUUUGAGCAUAUCCAACUCUUAUUGGUACUUCUCCGUUCACUUCCGUAUGCAUCUAGGGCGUUCCAAAAUCGAGCUAUACAGGAUCUUCUGUUUUUGGCUUGCAGUCAUCCAGAAAAUAGGAGCUGCCUUACUGGGAUGGAAGAAUGGCCUGAUUGGAUCUUGGAGGUCCUCAUUUCGAAUCAUGAAAUGGGUUCAAACAAAACUACUGAUGGCAUGAACUUCAGUGAGAUAGAAGACCUCAUCCACAAUUUCCUUAUUAUCAUGUUAGAGCAUUCAAUGCGACAAAAAGAUGGAUGGAAAGAUGUGGAAGCAACAAUUCACUGCACAGAGUGGUUGUCCAUGGUUGGGGGAUCUAGUACUGGAGACCAAAGAAUCAGGCGAGAAGAAUCAUUACCUAUUUUCAAAAGAAGGCUCUUAGGUGGGUUGCUAGAUUUUGCUGCUAGGGAGCUUCAGGUUCAGACUCAAGUUAUUGCUGCAGCAGCUGCGGGUGUGGCUGCUGAGGGAUUAUCACCAGAAGAAGCUAAAGUGGAAGCAGAGAUUGCUGCAAAUCUUUCUGUGGCUUUGGCAGAAAAUGCAAUUGUUAUUUUAAUGCUUGUAGAAGAUCAUUUGAGAUUACAAGGACAAUUAUAUUGUGCUUCUCGAUCCACUGAUGGUCUGAGUUCCCCAUCUUCAGUGGCCUCAUCAGAUGUUAGUCGCUCAAAUUCUCAGGGUAAAAUUGGUGGUGAAUCUUUAGAUACAAUUAACUCCAGGAAGUCGUCAUUAUCUAGUGAUGCUGGAGGGCUUUCAUUGGAUGUUCUUGCCUCUAUGGCUGAUGCAAAUGGACAACUUUCUGCCUCAGUUAUGGAACGUCUUACUGCGGCAGCUGCUGCGGAGCCUUAUGAGUCAGUUCGUUGCGCUUUUGUAUCUUAUGGAAGUUGUGCUUUAGACCUAGCUGAAGGUUGGAAGUAUAGGAGCAGAAUGUGGUAUGGUGUUGGCCUUCCUUCGAAGGGUGUAGUAUAUGGAGGUGGGGGUAGUGGGUGGGAAGCCUGGAGAUCAGCAUUGGAGAAGGACUCAAAUGGGAACUGGAUUGAACUUCCUUUAGUAAAGAAGUCAGUUGCUGUGCUCCAAGCUCUUCUUUUGGAUGAAAGUGGAAUUGGUGGUGGUCUUGGUAUUGGAGGUGGAUCUGGAACUGGAAUGGGUGUCAUGACAGCACUCUACCAAUUGUUGGACAGUGAUCAGCCAUUUCUUUGCAUGCUUCGCAUGGUACUAGCUGCAAUGAGAGAGGAUGACAACGGUGAAGAUGACAUGUUUAUGAGGAAUAUAAGCGUGAAAGAUAGCAUGCCAGAAGGGUUGAAUACUCAGCCUGGAAAAAUGCUAUCAUUUGACAACAAGCGUUUGCCAACCAGGAAACCUCAUUCUGCACUUCUGUGGAGCGUUCUUUCACCUAUUCUAAACAUGCCUAUAUCUGAAUCCAAGAGGCAAAGGGUGCUGGUUGCAUGCUGUGUUUUAUACGCUGAGGUGUGGCAUGCUGUUGGUAGAGAUAGGAGGCCUCUGCGCAAACAAUACUUAGAAGUUAUUUUACCACCAUUUGCUGCAAUCUUAAGGAGGUGGCGACCUUUAUUGGCUGGUAUUCAUGAACUUACAUCUCCAGAUGGUCAGAAUCCUCUCAUUGCUGAUGAUCGUGCUCUAGCAGCAGACGCACUGCCUAUUGAGGGUGCUCUUUCAAUGAUCUCUCCUGGGUGGGCUGCCGCUUUUGCAUCACCUCCUGCUGCAAUGGCAUUAGCAAUGAUUGCUGCAGGAGCUGGUGGUGGAGAAUCUGUGACACCUGUAAGAAAUUCGUCCCUCAGUAGGCGUGACACAUCACUGCUUGAGCGAAAAACAACUCGUCUGCACACAUUUUCAAGUUUCCAAAAGCCCUCUGAUCUAGCUAAUAAGUCCCCGCCUGUACCAAAGGAUAAAGCAGCUGCAAAGGCUGCUGCCCUUGCUGCCGCACGAGAUCUUGAACGUAAUGCCAAAAUUGGUUCUGGAAGAGGUCUAAGUGCUGUGGCAAUGGCCACAUCUGCACAAAGGAGAACUGCAAGUGACAUUGAGCGUGCAAAGAGAUGGAACAUUUCGGAAGCCAUGGGAACUGCCUGGACAGAAUGCCUCCAAUCAGUAGAUUCUAGAUCAAUCUCAGGAAGAGACUUCUCUGCCCUUUCCUACAAAUAUGUUGCAGUCCUUGUUGCAAGUUUUGCUUUGGCCAGAAACAUGCAAAGGUUAGAGAUGGAUAGACGAGUGCAAGUUGAUGUGAUAGAUCGACACCGCAUUUCCACAGGGAUUCGUGCAUGGCGAAAACUUAUUCAUUAUCUUGCAGAGAUGAAUAGACUCUUUGGUCCAUUUGAAGAGCACUUAUUAAACUCUGACCUCAUUUUCUGGAAGUUAGAUUUUAUUGAAAGUUCUUCAAGGAUGCGGAGGUUCUUAAAAAGAAACUAUAGGGGUUCUGCACAUUUGGGUGCAGCUGCUGAUUAUGAAGAGAGACAAGAGAGACAGUUGCACCUUAAAAUUGAUCAAGCAGCAGAUGCACGUCUUACCAAUGGUGAUGAAACUUCUAUUACUGCUGAGCUUGCUUCAAGCGCCUCCAUUGUAAUGGCAGAAGCCAUUUCACUGGACAAUGUUAAUGAAGAUGACGAGCAGAUUGAAGCCGAUAUUGUUGACAAUAGUGCUAGCAACAAGCAGAUCCUUUCGUCAGCUUCUAACCAAUCUCUCAAAGAACCUUUGGAGUCUAGAUGCUCUGGAGCUUCUACUGAUCAACAUCUGGUCCCAUCUACUUCGUUGGUUGCCCCUGGAUAUUUGCCCAACGAAACUGAUGAAAGGAUAGUAUUUGAGCUUCCAUCUUUAUUGGUGCGUCCAUUAAAGGUUGUCCAAGGAACUUUUCAGGUGACAACGAAGAGAAUAAAUUUUAUCGUUGAUGUAAACCAAAAUGACAAUCCCAGUGAUGAAGUUUGUUCUCAAAAUCAAGAACGGGAAAAAGAUCGAAGCUGGUUGAUAUCUUCCCUUCACCAAAUGUUCAGUAGAAGAUAUCUUUUGAGACGUAGUGCCUUGGAACUAUUUAUGGUUGACCGGUCGAAUUUUUUCUUUGAUUUUCUGAGUAUUGAAGGGCGGAAGAAUGCAUAUCGUGCAAUUGUUCAAGCAAGGCCUCCUUUCUUGAACAAUAUUUAUCUGGCGACACAAAGACCUGAGCAACUGCUUAAAAGAGCUCAACUCAUGGAGCGUUGGGCUAGGUGGGAGAUUAGCAAUUUUGAAUAUCUCAUGGAACUCAAUACUCUGGCUGGUCGAAGUUAUAAUGAUAUUACCCAGUAUCCUGUUUUCCCAUGGAUCUUAGCUGAUUACAAUUCUAAAACACUGGAUCUCAGUGACCCUGCUUCUUAUAGAGAUCUUUCGAAGCCAAUUGGUGCAUUAAAUCCUGAGCGACUAAGCAAGUUUCAAGAGAGAUAUUCUAGCUUUGAUGACCCAAUUAUUCCCAAGUUUCAUUAUGGCUCCCAUUACUCCAGUGCAGGAACAGUUCUAUAUUACCUAGUGAGGUUGGAGCCAUUCACCACUCUUUCUAUUCAAUUACAAGGUGGAAAAUUUGAUCAUGCAGAUCGGAUGUUUUAUGAUAUUGGUAGCACUUGGAAUGGAGUUCUCGAGGAUAUGAGUGAUGUGAAAGAAUUGGUUCCAGAGAUGUUUUACAUUCCUGAGAUGCUGACUAAUGUGAACUCAAUUAAUUUUGGUACUACUCAACUUGGAGGAAAACUUGAUGCGGUUAAACUGCCCCCUUGGGCUGAUAAUCCAGUUGACUUCAUUCAUAAACAUCGUAUGGCCCUCGAGAGUGAGCAUGUAUCUGCUCAUCUUCAUGAAUGGAUUGAUCUUGUUUUCGGGUACAAGCAGCGAGGAGUGGAAGCAGUGUCUGCAAAUAAUGUUUUCUUUUACAUUACAUAUGAAGGCACUGUUGAUAUUGAUAAGAUUUCUGAUCCAGUCCAACGUCGUGCUACCCAAGACCAAAUUGCAUAUUUUGGUCAGACCCCAUCACAGCUGUUAACCUCCCCACAUCUGAAGAGGAAACCACUGGCUGAUGCGCUACAUCUGCAGACUAUUUUCCGGAAUCCCAACGAAGUGAGAUCUUAUUCGGUUUCAAAUCCAGAGCGCUGCAAUUUACCUGCGGCUUCUUUAUUUGCAUCUCAAGAGUCAAUUGUGGUGGUGGAUGUGAAUGCACCCGCAGCAAAUGUGGCUCUGCACAAAUGGCAACCAAAUACGCCUGAUGGCCAAGGAAGUCCAUUCUUCUUUCAACAUGGGAAGGCUGCUGGGAGCUCCGGUGGUGGAGCGUUCAUGCGCAUGUUCAAAGGAACUGCAGGAUCUGGAUCAGAAGAGUGGCGUUUCCCACGAGCUUUAGCAUUUGCUGCAUCUGGGAUACGGAGCUCAGCUGUUGUUGCAAUUGCAUCUGAUAAAGAAAUUAUAACCGGUGGACAUGCUGAUAAUUCUGUUAAGUUGAUCUCAUCUGAUGGAGCAAAAGCCAUUGAAACUGCAGCUGGACAUAGUGCACCUGUUACCUGUGUGUGCCUCUCUCUUGAUAAUAGUUAUCUUGUGACAGGUUCACGGGACACCACUGUUAUUCUUUGGAGAUUACGUCGGGUUUCCUCAGCUCAAAUGAAUCAUCUUUCAGAUACGUCCACUGCUUCACCGACAACACCAACUAGUCCCCUGACAGAUGGAAGCAAAUUGAAUGAUAAUUUAGAAAUUAGCUUUAGGCGCCGCAUUGAAGGCCCCUUGCAUGUCUUACGAGGUCAUCUUGGGGAAAUAGUAUGCUGUUCUGUUAGUUCAGACCUAGGCAUUGUUGCUUCCUCAUCUAACAUUUCUGGAGUGCUUAUUCAUUCAUUACGAAGAGGCAGGCUGAUACACAAGCUAGAUUUCGUGGCACAUGCAAUCUGCCUCUCACCCCAAGGAGUUAUAUUAAUCUGGAACAAGGUGGAUAAGAAGAUCUCCACCUUUACCAUUAAUGGGGUUCCAAUAGCGUCAACAAUUCUGUCUCCUUUCUCUGGCAAAAUAAGCUGCAUUGAGAUUUCGGUUGAUGGAGAAAAUGCUUUGAUUGGGACCUCUCAUAUUGUUGAUGACCCAAAAGACAGUGAUCAACCUGAUAGUUGUGAAAUUGGAAAGAACAAUCCUGGCAUUGGAGAUGAUGAGGCACAUCUGGCAGGAACCAAUGAAAACAGACAAACCAUUCAAGUGCCUUCAAUUUGCUUUCUUAAUAUCCAUACUUUGAAGGUAUUUCACACCUUGAUGCUAGAAGAAGGGCAGGAUAUCUCUGCUAUGGCCCUCAAUAAGGACAACACAAAUCUCUUGGUUUCGACAUAUGACAGGCAGCUGAUAAUCUUCACCGACCCUGCAUUAAGCUUGAAAGUUGUGGAUCAAAUGCUGCGUUUAGGUUGGGAGGGUGAUGGUCUGCUUCAAUCUUGAAAAAUCACGCUCUUGGUUUUUACUACGUCUGCAAGAAUCCGGUGAUACAUAUCAACUUGCGUGCCGUCGGGGUCAGUCAGAGCUGGUUAUAGAUGAGAAAGGAAAAAG